AUGGAAAAAGAACAUCUCGACGAUGAUACCCAGUUGGCCCAGAUGGGCCACAAGGCCGAAUUGAAGCGCCAAUUCUCGAUGUUGUCGAUGCUGGGCCUUGCUUUUGCCAUUCUCAACUCGUGGACUGCACUUUCGGCCAGUCUAUCCCUCAGUCUGCCCUCCGGAGGUAGCACCAGUGUUGUUUGGGGGUUGGUCACUGCGGGUUUCUGCAAUCUGUGCAUGGCAACCUCUCUCUCUGAGUUCCUGUCUGCGUAUCCCACUGCUGGAGGCCAAUAUCACUGGGUUGCUGUCAUUUCUUGGCGGCGAUGGAUGCCGAUUCUGUCCUGGAUUACGGGAUGGGUGAACUGCUUCGGCUGGGUUGCUCUGGUGGCCACCGGUGGCUUGCUCGGUAGCCAGCUGAUUGUGGGCGUCAUCUCCCUGAUGGACUCGACCUACCACUCCGAGCGCUGGCACCAAUUCCUGAUUUUCAUCGCCUAUAACCUCAUUGCAUUCGCCAUCAACACCUGGUUGAACAGCAUCCUGUCUCAUGUCAACAAAGCUGCCUUCAUCUGGUCACUUACCGGCUUUGCCGUCAUUUGCAUUACAGUUCUCGCCUGUGCCUCGCCGGACUACAACUCUGCAAAGUUUGUCUUCACUGAUUUUAUCAACGAGACUGGCUGGCCUGACGGUAUUGCCUGGUUACUCGGCCUGCUGCAAGGUGGUCUUGGCGUAACUGGAUUUGAUGGUGUUGCCCACAUGAUUGAGGAAAUCCCGAACGCCGCGACGGAAGGGCCCAAGAUCAUGAUUAUCUGCGUCAUUAUUGGUACCGUCACUGGCACCAUCUUCUUGGUCGUCCUGUUGUUUGUCGCUGGCAACAUCAACGAUAUCAUCGAGUCCUCGGCCGGUCCCCUGCUGGCAAUCUUGUAUAACGCAACGUCAAGCAAGGCCGGUGCUAUCUGCCUGUUGAUCUUCCCACUCGUCUGCAUGCUGUUCGCGACAACUGCGAUCAUGACUACUAGUAGUCGCAUGUGCUACGCUUUUGCACGCGAUGGUGGUCUUCCCUUCUCUCGUUUCUUCGCGAGGAUCAACCCCAAGCUGCAGGUUCCUUUGAACUCGCUCGUCCUCAACCUGAUUCUCGUCAUCAUCUUCGGCUGCAUUUUCCUGGGCUCCAGCAGUGCGUUCAACGCCAUCGUUUCGACGUCCGUGGUCAUGCUGGACCUUGCUUACGGUAUUCCCAUCGCCAUCAACUGCCUGCGUGGACGCAACACUCUUCCUGAGCGGGCCUUCGUUCUUCCUAACUGGAUUGGCUGGAUUCUGAACAUCGUUUCUCUGGUUUACGUUAUCUUGACGACUGUUCUUUUCCUCUUCCCUCCCUAUAUCCCCGCUACCGGCAACAACAUGAACUACAGUGUCGUCGUUUGUUUCAUUGUGUUCAUUGUUUCCACUGUUACAUGGAUCUUCGAUGGUCGCAAGAACUAUGUUGGUCCCAGAUUCGAGAUCGAGGUGCUUGCUGGAGAGGGCGGUGAACAGCUGGAUCACGCGCCAAUCCCCCUGGUUGAACAAAAGGCUUAA